AUGCCACCUACAAUCCAUGGUGAGGCACUGAAAUUUGUGAAGCGUCUUACGUAUCUUGAAAGUUGUAUUACUUCUGACCCUAGUGUGACCGAUGUGGUCAAUUCACGAAUCUGCAAGGUUCGGGUCGCGUUCGCUAAUUUGAGACACAUAUGGCGUCAAAGUGGUGCAUCCCUUAACCUCAAGGGACGUGUGUAUCGAGCUACAGUGCGAGCUGUUUUGUUGUAUGGCUGUGAGACUUGGCCUGAUCGAGCGGGGGAACUGAGACGUCUUCAGGUGUUCGACGAUCGUUGUCUCGGUGGUGUCGGUGUAUCUGUAACCAGACAAUUAGGAACCGUCUUCGAUGUCCGCGCUCUGAAGCAAGCAGGACAACAAGCUGUGCUUGCUCUCACGCUGGACUCGCUUGACAUUGAUGUGUCCAGGGAAAACGUGGAGGAUGACUGCACCGAUACCAGUCUUCCAAAGGCUCCACCAUCAGAUGAGAGCUCAUACUGGGACGAAAUGGCCGCCUCUUUUGCAUACUGCUGGGAAUUAUGCCUGUGGCACGGAGCCGCCAAGCGCAUUCAAGCAAUGGAUACCAGACCGAAUGGUGGCACAUCUCGGAGAAAUAUCCCAGCUGGCCCCGAACAUAACUUGAUGCGGCGAAUUAUCAGACGUCAAGUGAAGCACGAAUUUCAGGAACAGCGGAAAUCGCUUGGCAACGUAGUGCCCACCAACAAACCAGUGCCGAAUCCAAAGAAGACCACAUCGCCGUCAAUUAUCGGUGGCCAGGGUCGAUUACCACCUGCCGCUCCUUCUGAAACACCAGCGUUAACUCCGGCCAUGUACUUCUACGCUACUGCUUUUCAUUGCGCUUUUCGGGUGUACGCAAAAUGCGCUAAUUCGCAUCACCUGUGGCGUCAAAAGCUCACCUCAUUAAAUCUUAAGGGUCCCAAUAGUGGCGCACCUUCUAUGGCCACGGCUGCUCUGGCUCCGGUAGCCCCUCGACCUCCAUCUAGAUCAGACCAACAGCACAACGGGGAAAUUUCUGAGUCGAACCGCCCUCUACGGUGGCGAUGUAUUGAUGAUCAGCCUCACGUGGGGAAGUACAAAUUUAUUCGGACAAUCGGCAAGGGUAAUUUCGCAAAGGUCAAACUUGCCAGUCAUGUCAUUACUGGUAAAGAAGUGGCCAUAAAAAUCAUAGACAAAACACAGUUGAGCCCUUCAAGCCGACAAAAGUUGUUCCGUGAGGUUCGGUUGAUGAAACUGUUGGACCAUCCUAACAUCGUGAAACUUUUUGAGAUCAUCGACAAUGAGAAGAUUCUAUACCUUGUCAUGGAAUAUGCUAGUGGAGGUGAGGUUUUCGACUACUUGGUGGCUCAUGGGCGGAUGAAAGAAAAAGAGGCGCGAGCGAAAUUCCGGCAGAUCGUCUCUGCUGUCCAGUAUUGCCACCAAAAACGCAUAAUUCAUCGUGAUUUGAAGGCUGAGAACCUCUUACUAGAUUCUGAUAUGAAUAUCAAAUUAGCCGACUUCGGAUUUUCGAAUGAGUUUAGUCCCGGUACCAAAUUGGACACAUUUUGUGGCAGUCCCCCCUACGCGGCCCCGGAAUUGUUUCAGGGAAAGAAGUAUGAUGGUCCAGAAGUGGAUGUUUGGUCACUAGGUGUCAUUUUGUACACCUUGGUCAGCGGUUCUUUACCGUUCGAUGGACAGAAUCUACGCGAGUUGCGCGAACGUGUUCUUCGGGGCAAAUAUCGCAUUCCUUUUUAUAUGUCCACGGAUUGUGAAUGUCUCCUCAAAAAAAUGUUGGUCCUCAAUCCAGCAAAACGGCACAGCCUUGAAUCUGUUAUGAAAGAUCGAUGGAUCAACACUGGUUAUGAAGAAAACGUCUUGGCUCCGUAUGUUGAGCCGGAACCAGAUUACACUGAUCCUGUAAGGAUUGAAAUAAUGGUCAAUAUGGGAUUCAGUCGUGACGAAAUCGUCAAAUCUCUGCGACAGGGAACGUUUGAUGACAUUAUGGCCACCUAUCUCCUCCUAGGUCGACGGAGGUCGUCCCUCGAGAGCGAAUCGCGGGAUGGGUCCAGCCUUUCAUUAAGGUGCGAGACGGUCUCUGCAAACGGUUUAUUGGACAUCGUUAUCUCCGAAGCGUUGCUUGUGUUGGAUGGCAUCGACGAAUUCAUGGUGAGACAAGGAAGUUAUUCCUUGUCAGCAAAUGUAGCCUCCGUGACAGCUGCUCUGGCGACUUCCACUAGUGGCGUAACUGGUGGGGAGGUGACUUCCAACGCCGCUAGCGGCGACGAUGGGCUUUCCGCCAAUGCUGCUGGUCCACCGACAUUGCCAAGCCAUCCGGCGUCGCUCACCACCAAGGGUUCCGUUCCGUCUUCUCGGUCAUCAAGCACUACUCCCUCUACAAUGACUACAACAACAGCAACACCUAGCUCCAGCCACACCGCUAAAGUUAAUUCUGCCAUGACAUCUGCAAGUACGGCCGUCCGAUCUGCGAUUACCUCUGCAUCGGAAGCCUCCGCUGGCCCGAUUAUCUCACCUGCCAAUGUUACUGGGGCACAUAAGAACGCCUUGAUUAGCAAUGAUGUUGAUUUUCUUGGCACUGCGUAUACCCCUACCUCUGCAUCUAACCGACUAACGAGAACUGACCAUAUCCGUGCGUCAGACAGGCCGAAUAAGGCAGAAGCCAACCGUCUUGUUGCACAUCUGCGUGUGACCUCCGGCGGCCAUGUGCCGCCAGAUGCCGUCGCUCCCCCAGUUAUUGGUGGCGGUGGACUAUCAGCCUACCCAGCUGUGCCUGGACCUCGAAGCAGCAUAGAUGCAACUGGACCAGGGAGACCUGUUACGGCAAUCCACCAGCGAAAACCGGCUUCAGCAACAGUUCACCCUACUGCACAGGCAAACAAACUCUCAUCUGCAAUCGCCACGGCUUCCGCCCGACGUACGAAGGCUGGUGCUCAUGAUGCCACUUCGACAACCCCUCAAGCUUCGGAUGGUUAUCCUAGCGUCAGUCGCCGUCCUUUCACCGGAACUGGACGAAAUGGAUCUGGUGGUACCGGUGUCAUGUUGGAUGCUCCUGGUGCGCGUAAUUCCAUCGCAAUAACUGGCCUAAGUUCCGGUGGCACUGGGGGCAGUGGUAAUGCGAAUCUUCCAACCUCAGCCGGAUUAGCCCCUUGUGAAAAGGGCACAUCAGGUCCCGGCGGUAACGGACAGCUUGCUUCUAACGGUGGGGGCCGGCUGCCAUCCCAUGAAAUUCGCAGCCAUGUUACUCCCGCACCAGUUCCUAUGACUACACGAACAUCCAAGGGUCAUCAUGGCUUCAACCUGGCCCCCACAUCAAGCGCGGCACCCGGACACCACACUGCGCUACUUGACCGCACGGCAACAAUUGGCCCACCUAGUAGCACUACCGGUGUCACUCCAGGGGGUCCAACAGUCGUUUCUGCCCGUGGACCAGGUGGCGAUAUAAUUAGCGGUUUACAUUCAACAGCCAAUGAUCCAUCAAGUUCCAAUUUCAAUCGGUUCGAUUUUGCUUACGGCUCACUUAGGACAGGCCCACCGACUUAUGCCAGUGCGAGCAGGCGUGGAACCAACGCGUCGGUCACUUCACGUGAGUCGGCCGUUUUAUCACCUUAUCCCAAUGCUCCUGUGGGUGCCAAUCCUACCCUUCCUGGCGCCGCUGCUUUCCCACGACUUACUCCCGAGCGGCGCACAAUUCACUCCACUAACCAACCGAAUGCAGAAUUUGAAACAAGUCCGCCCAACUUGACUGCUUCCGUUGCCUCACGCUGUAUAAACAUGACCGGACCUGUUUCGGGGUCAGGAUCCCCCAAUACGAGUCCCUCUGGUGCCGCUGGAUUCACCUUCUUCAAAUCAUUAACUUCGAAGAUUGCGCGACGUGGUCCAAUGGGCGCCGGCACCACUCCUGUCGGGACGCUAUCUGGUGUUGCGGAGUUACCUGGACCUAAUAGCCCCGAUGAAAUGGGACGGGCGCAUCUUCCUACUUCUGUGACAGGCACACAAUCAUCAACCCAAAAUUACGUCUCGAGCGAGGCCAGUUCUACAGGCUCAACCACACCUACAACCCACGGUAUUCCUGGUAAUGCUACGCCGGGUGGUAGCUCUGGAGGUUCACCUGUAUCACAAACCGGAAACAAAAAUGCCAUUUAUGCUGAUGAGAAUGGUGAUGAUCAGUCGAAACCGCGCAGUCUUCGGUUCACUUGGUCCAUGAAGACAACAAGUCAUAUGCCGCCCAACAGCAUGAUACGAGAAAUAAAGAACGUUCUUGCUCUCAACGGCUGUGAGUAUGAACAGCAGGAGCGCUUUCUGUUAGUUUGCAAACACGGUGAUCCAAACACGGAUUCUAGUGUUCAGUGGGAAAUGGAAGUUUGUAAACUACCUCGUCUAUCACUAAAUGGGAUUCGGUUUAAACGCAUUUCUGGGACAGCUGUGGCCUACAAGAAUAUCGCGUCACGGAUAGCCAACGAUCUACACAUGUGAAAGCUCUUUCUUGGUCGACGUCUUCUCAUCAUUCGCAGUUGAACGGAACACGCACAGUCGAUCACUACCCGCCUUUAAGCUAGAUCUCAGCAACCGACUGACUGGAAUGUUGGUGAAUCUGGACACGCAGCAGCUUCAUCUUUCAGUGUAUAGGCACUUGCUACGGCACCUGCGACUGGUAAUCUAUCCCGCCUGCACACUGAUUUAUCACUUAGCCGUCGUGCUACCGUUUGCGUGUCACUGAUGCAAAGGUUCCCCCUGUACAGACUCGCUUAUGGGCCAUUUUCAUCUGUCGGUCGGGCGUGGCGGGAUGUGCUUUGUCAUCUGAUAUUUUCGAUACAUUUUAAACAACUUCGAGUGCAUCACCAGCAAGGUCAGUUGUUGUCUCAAUUUGGUUUAGAUGUGCGCAUUCCGAUCACAUCUGUUCAGAAAAUGUACGUGCGCAUAUUUGCGCCCGAGAGACUCGUGUCCGUGGUGUCUUCGGGGAGGCUAGGUGAGCGCAACCACUGGCGAUUUUUUACUCACUCUCGGUUCUUGAAGAUUUGCUAUUCUUUCGGUCACUUGUUCCUACCUCUUACCAUCUAUGGAAACCUAAUUCUUGUAUUUCUCCAGAGUAAAUGACCUUCUGUCAUUCACACGUGAUUUGCCGCUUUUCCCAAAGGCGUAUCCCUCAUAUCCUGUACCGGUCCCCAUCUGGUCGCUUCUAGCCUCUUUACCAAAGUAUGAAUAACUUUGCCUUUUUCCCAUUUUCUGCUUUCUGUGUUCUUGCAAACGAUUCAUCUACUUACGAGUCAGCUUGUCUCUGUGUUGUAUUUCUCUUUUAUACUUAUCCUCAUAAUGCGGUCAUCAGCUGUCCGCCUCCGCCUAAUCUCCUCUAUCUCCACUUUCGAUUCGUUUGCCGGUGUUCUGAUGUGAGAAUUAUUCCCACCCACGCUAACUCAUCCUUCGGAGCCGCUGUUAUAGCGCGCCUUAUUCAAUCGACAGAUGUACUUAUGAAAUUCUGUUGUCUGAAGUAUUUUUAUACUUUUAUCAGUUAUGUCAUUCGUAGUCGGACUACUCUUACCCAAGCGAGCUUACUCUUCAAAUGGUCACCACUCAUCCGUCUUCAUGAGCGGCGUAGGCGCUUCGUAUCUUUCAACAUCUUUCCACUGGAGAUUGAUAUAGCACUUACACUCCUUCCAAUAGGAAUUAUCUUUCUCGCUCAGUCCCCAACAUCUGCACAAUUCUUCAUUCUGGUGAACAUUCUUGUCGAAUUUCUCACACCGUUUCAUUCUAUUACGAAAUCGGUGUGUCCGCAGGUCUAGCUGCUAUGAACACUUCCAAAUGGUCGUUCUGAUGUAUAAAUUUCGCCCCAUGCAUUCUAGUUAGUUCGUUAUCUCGACCAGGUUGCGCGCUGCCUAGCCCUGAAGAAUCUGCCAACACACUUCUACGCAUGUCUUUCCUGUUCUUAAAUGAUUUGUGUUAUCGCCACUUCGUCCCCUUGUUUACAUUUAAUCCAAAUUCCCGUGAUCGCUCACAUGAUGCAGUCUACCGUGUGCAUGUGGCCGACGCACACAGGCAUCAACUUCAUUCUCGUUGUUUCUCCAUUCUCUGAUAAUAUCCCUUACGCUGGCGCACUUGCCCUCCUCGUCAUUCAAGGUGCAGUUGCUUUUGUGGUUUUUCUAUUCACCUCUUCACCUCCGUUUCAUGUGACUUGGCCCACGUACACGCCUUCCCCUAGUUCUGCUCCAAACAUUGAUUUUUUACGUGUCAUUGGUGGUCAUGAGGGUUGGAUUUCUCUGGAUUCCCAUUCUCGCCCAUCCCGCCACCUUCGUUUCUUCUAGCAACCACGUGUACAUGUAUAAUCACGCCAAAUUGUGGUCACCGACUUCAGUCGUGAUAUGCUGUAUAUUAAAACGGUUCACGACUCGCCACUCUGUUCAUAGCUUCUUAUCCCGACUCCGUCUCUCCACUCAACGGACAGGUCAUUCUCCCUUUUUGUUGUAUCCACCGUACUCCUUUAGCUUGGCUGUGUACACAUACUUGAAUUGCGUGUCUUGACCACAGUUCCGCAAUUAAGUCUUCACUUAUGCCACCCCGCCACUCACUUCCUCUGUGCCCUAUCUCUACACUGUUUGUGGUAUACAGUGCUCGCGCACUGAAUGACAACCCUAACACUCACCAUUAAGGAUAGAAUUUUUUCGUCAA